UGAAGCCACAGAGCUUGUCUGAGUUCACAACUCGGGCCUGGAACAACGCAUUUGGCCACGAGGGAACUGGAAAAUAUAAAUCUGAAGUAAUGGCCGAAGCAAUACCUCUGCGAGAAAAGAAACAGAAAACUCUACCUCGGUCGGAUGGGUGUGGUCUGAAUAACUUUGACGCUCUGCAUUUGUCCGGAGGGUUGAGGAUAGUCCUGGUGGGCAAGACUGGGUCAGGCAAGAGUGCGUCAGGAAACACCAUCCUUGGAAGAGCCGCCUUCAAAGAGGACCCGAGCCCUGUGUCUGUGACCCAACACUGUGCGACACAGAACGGGGAAGUGGACGGGACCGUAGUCCAGGUGAUCGACACUCCAGGUCUGUUUGAUACAGGCAUCACAGAGGAAGAAUUAAAAACCAGAAUCGAGGAGUGCGUCAAGAUGUCGGUGCCCGGCCCUCACGCCUUCCUGCUGGUGAUCAGGCUCGGGGUACGGUUCACCGAGGAGGAAAGAAACGCUGUGAAGUGGAUCCAGGAUAACUUCGGAGACGACGCCUCCAUGUACACUAUCAUGCUGUUUACAUGCAAAGAUCAGGCCAAAGCUGACAAUGCUCUGAAGGAGUGCAAGGAGCUGCGGAGACUCUCUAUUACAUUUGGACGCAGGUACCACGCCUUCAACAACAACGACGCAGAGGACCGAGUACAGGUCAAAGAGCUGAUCAACAUGAUCAAGGAAAUGGUACAGGAUAACGGGGGGAAGCACUACACCAAUGAGCUGUAUGAGAAAGCCCAGAGGAAGCUGAGAGAGGAGGAGGAGCGGAAGAAACAAGAGGAGGAAGAAAAGAAAGAGGAGGAGAAGAAAAUGUGGGAUGCAGAGAGGGAGAAGAAAGAGAAAGAGAGAAACAAGGAGAAAAGGGUGAAGAGAAAGAAUAUACGUGUGGCCUCGGCUGCUGCUGCCUUGCUGGUGGUAGCCGGGGUGGUUAUAGCCGUGGGAGCCAACACCACGGUGGCUUUGGCUCUAGGAGCUCCUGUGCUCCUCUUGGGGGUGCUUUGUGGUUUAGCUGCCUUUUGCUUAUGGAAGGAAAUAAGAUGCAAAGCCAAAGCAUCUGUUCCAGUAUAACAACAUGACCAGGACAUCUGCAGUAUGUGACCCUGAAUAUACAGUGGGAGUGUUGCACACAUUACUAUGUACUGUUUACAGCUCAUCAGUGAAUGGUGAUGUUUUGGCCUUUCCUGCAUUCUGCUUCCGAAAUGAUAAAGUUUUGACACAACAUUGCAAUAACAGAAGUAUGUGAUUUUAAUGCUGACAGUAAAGAAACGGUAUGAAAUGCCUUUUCUUUUUGUUGUUUCACUCAUUCAUCGUUUGGAGCUUGUACAUGAAAGCCACAUCGUGAUUAUGAGAUUCCAAAUAAAUGUUAGAAUGUUGCACAGUUUAUACUUUCAUAACUUGUGAUAAUUGCUCAAAUAGAAUGUUGAUGCAGAUUUCCUGCUGUUCCUUAUUUAAACUGUGAUGGCCUUGCAUUAUUAUUAGUAACACUACUAGCGCACUUCCCUAAAGGAAACCAGAGACAAUGAUAAACGUCCGCUGGCCGAUCACAUUUCACUGAGGAGGCAUUGUUAACACAGCAAACCUCUCACUCUGCUGCCAGCACAUCCCUGCCAGCCACCUGCACACAACAUCUACAACACAAUGAGCAAAAAGGCUUUGAAAUGAUGAGCUGGAGGCCAGUCUGAGUCAACCACAUAUUGAUCAGAGUAUACUUUACCUUUUAAAUGCUAGUUCUCUUUGUACAAGUUAAGUAGUGUUUUUUCUUUACAUAUUUAAAAAUAAUUCAGAUUUGCAUCCAUCAAUUCAAGAUUUUAACCCGAGAAAGGCAACCUCCUCUCUGUGUGGCUUUAUAUAUUUUUCUAUAUUUUAUAUCUCCCCAGGUUUACUUCUUUGUCCAGUAGAGGGCAGACGUGGGUCGUGUUUUCAAAGACUCAAAUUGGAUAUUGAGGUGGAAGAUAUUCAAUACUGUAUUUCCAUUUAAAUAAAAGCAUAAAUGUAGCAUAACAUUUACAUUUUGCGACAUGCAGUAUUUCCCAUUUGUGAUGAUUUGAUAUUCAUUAUAUCACAUUAAAAGCUGGAGCUGUUGCCUUGAUGCUUAUUAAAUAAAACACGUUAUAGGUGAGACAUUCACGCUAAACAAUUAAUGCCUUUCAUGCCUGGAGUGGUCACUGGAUUUGACAAGCGUUUACAAUAAAUGCAUGAAACGCACUGCAACUGAACAUCUGAAAGUUCAAAGAUUAAGGUUCAGUGUCAAUCUAAAGUCAAAUGUGAUCAGAUAAAUUAGCAAACAACAUAGUUUCACAUUUGUCCGUAUG